AAGUAGCUGAUACGGGGCAUUUCGGAGCAACAUGGCGCCCAUCGGAGAAAAGGAUGACAGGAUGGGCACGUCGGUUGGGGAUGAUGGCUCAACAGAUGACUCUCAAAAUUUGUGGGCCCAUAUUUUGAGUGAGGUUCAGUCCAGCUCAGCCUCCAAGUUGUCAUCAUCUAGAUCAGUAUUAGUGUUAGGUGACAAUGACUCUGGCAAGACCACAUUGAUAGCCAAGCUUCAGGGAGUCGAGGAGCCGAAGAAGGGCUCUGGAUUGGAAUACUACUACAUUGAUGUUAAAGAUGAAUACAGAGACGAACAAGCACGGCUAAAUGUGUGGUGCCUGGACGGAGACCCGAGCCACACCGGACUCCUGAAGUACGCGCUGACGGAGCAGAACUUCUCCGACACCCUGGUGUUGCUGGUGGCCAGUAUGACACACCCCUGGUCUCUCAUGGAGGCCCUAGAGAAGUGGGUCUCCAUUUUGAGAGAACACAUUGACAGACUGAAGAUACCCUCAGAGAAGAUGAGGGACUAUGAACAAAGCUUGGUUCGGUUCUUCCAGGAGUACAGUGCCCCAGAGGAGGGUCAUUCCACUUCAGCCCCGCACCGGGGGGACAGCAAUCCCCUCCACCCCUCUGCCUCGGCCACAGACGAGGAGAAGGUCCUCCUCCCACUCGGGGAAAGCACGCUAUCACAGAACCUAGGAAUUCCAAUAGUAGUAGUUAUAACAAAGAGUGAUGCAAUCUCAACAUUGGAAAAGGAGCAUGACUUUCGAGAAGAACAUUUCGAUUUCAUUCAACAGCAUAUUAGGAAGUUCUGUCUAAGUUAUGGUGCAUCGUUGUUAUACUCAUCUGUGAAGGAAGACCGGAACUGUGAAUUAUUGUACAAAUAUUUAGUACACAGAGUAUAUGGAUUCCCCUUCACAUCUCAAGCCUAUGUAGUGGAGAAGGACAGUGUCUUUGUACCAUCAGGUUGGGAUAAUGAGAAGAAAAUUAGCAUAUUAUAUGAAAAUAUGAGUAGCAUGAAACCAGAAGAUGCAUUUGAUGAUGUCAUAGCCAAACCAAUAACAAGAAAGCCGGUGCAGAGAGAUGCAGAGGUCACGGCGGAAGACGAGCAGGUGUUCCUGAUGAAACAACAGACACAACUGAGCAAACAGCCCCAGCCCGGGACGCAGGGGCCAGCAGAGGGCACCCCCCAAAGGAUGCAGCGUCCCCAGGUACAAAGGACCCCGGAGAGACAGGGGUCGUCACCAAGCACGCCCGGCCGUGGCAAGAGCCCCAAAGGGGAGGGCAAGGCACCGGCCGGAGCUACCAGCGAGGGCAUGCUGGCCAACUUUUUCAACAGUUUACUCAACAAGAAGACCGGCCAGCCCGGUGGUGCUGGCACGGGAACAGGUACGCCUCCAAUCUCAGAUAAAGUUUCGCGUGACGCUGCGGCAGAGUUGGAGCGGAUGACGAGGGGAAAAAAGCCAGCGGAGACCAAUUCAAAUGACACAAGUGCCUCGGGAUCCUGAUCGUUGACAGACUGACUAUAUUUGGUUCCACCAUGACCGGGCAAAGUAGAUGGUUUGUGUUGUCAAUCUGUGUCUCUCAUUCUCUGCCCAGUUGCUGCAAUAUCGGCUUCUCUCAUAACUGCUGCGGACGCCCGACAAACAGCGUCGCCACGGACCACACAGAUCUUUGUUAUUUAUGGGCAAAGCAAAUAUACCAUGGAACCUAAGUUUGUCUCAGUCUUUUGUUAAAUGAAUGUAUUAUUAUUUGUGUACAAAAAAAAUAUUUCCUUGACAUUAAUGAUUGAAGAUUACAAAGAUACCAUGAUACUUGAAGUAAGUCCUGUUUACUGAAUAACAUUGCAAUGAUUGACUGUACAUAGAAGAUGGAUGCUGCCGUGUAUGUAUAGAUAGAUAAUCCUUUGUUACGUCUUAUUUAAGUUAUUGUGCUACAAAUCAUGUAUUACCCUCUCACACCCUGACCUGGAGACCAUCUUAACACCCCUAGUGCUAAUACUCAGUAUGAAACUAUUCUGAUGGGGAAGGAAGCUAUUCCAGAAAUUUCUACAAUAAGUCAAGGUUAUGCAUCUUCUCGGUAGCUCGGUUUAUUGUUAAGUUGUUACACCGUGUAAAGUUACGAAGACUGUGGUUCACAUGUUUGUCAUUAUGUGUAUAAUGCCAGUGUUGUUUUGUAUAGACUUAUUUAUUCUCCAGUUUACAAAUUAGAAAGGAUGCAUCCAUGACAAUUCAUUUAACCAUGCCUUACGAGAAACUAUGGUAACCUUCCUCUCAAUGGGUACAGCUCAUAUAAUUUGCAUAUUUCAAUGUCCCAUAACACCAGACCGACCUACCCUGUCAUGUCCUGAAGAUAUAUAUAUGCUCCAGGCAGACUGACAAAGCUGCUGUUGAUCCUGUGUCAGAGUUUUUCCAAUUCUAAUUACUAAUGACAUUUUCUGUCAUAUUUUCACUUGGGCCAGGAUAACUUAAGAAGUAUCAAUCCAUGUGUCAGUUGUGUAACCUAUUGCAGAAAAUUAUUGGCUUUCAUGAAUAACUACUAACAUAUCCUGCUACUGCAUGUGGUAAGGCCUUGCCCUCACUCUGUCCUCCCCACUGUUCUCAGCUUGUCGCCCUGCCUUCUGUGCUCCACACACUCUCACGCUUCCACUUUGCCUCGGAAUUCCUAGUUAUCAUCCAAGAUAUCAUGAUGGCAGAGGUCAAUAUUACUGCCACCAGCCUAGGUUUGCAAAAGCUGUGAUAACGAAGGCAGUUGAACCCAGGUUAUACAUCUAUGCUUUCACUGCAAGUAUUUCUGUAUGAAAACCUGUUUUACCCUAAACUGAUUAAUUUGACAUUGAAUUGGUGAUGCAGUGGGUUGAAUUCCAUGAGUCAAUCUUACAGUUGAAUCACCUCCCUUUCAUCUAUUUCCAGAAUAAUUCUACUUAAUUCUUCAGUUACAUUUUUUGUAUUGAAUAUAUAACUUCUUAAUGACCCAUCUUGACAGAUGCCCGAGAUCAUCUCAACCCGUUCAUUCACCAUUUUAUAAACGUAAUUGGAAGACAAUGAAACAUUCUUCUAUGUUGUAUAUUACCUGAAUAUAUUCAUAGCUCCAGUCUGCAAGCUUUCUCUCUAUUAACAACAGUUUCCUUUGGACUUCUGCUUAUUAUAAUAUAAGAAAGCAUCAGCCUCCAGGUGAUAGGAAUGUGAAAAUAUAAUUAAACGUUCACUGAUAUAUUUACAGGUUAGACACAACCACUUGAACAUUUGGCCGGGUUUUGUGAAUUUACACAUGGGAAUACUUGUUUUUCUUCCCAAAUCUAGCUAUUUUAUGUAAACAAAAUGGGCAAACUGAACAGCAGACUUGUUCGAUUCUACUCCUGUUCAUGACAACCAGAGACACCUUCUUCUUAACUAGAUGCCCAGCGCUUCCUUCACGACCAACCCCACCCUUCUCUUCACACCCUAUCUUCACCUCCAGACCCACCUAAUCGUUUCCUUGUCAGUGUAAAUGUGUGUUGAGAUGGUAAACGUUGAUCUGCGUUGUACACUGCUGCACAUGCUCCCAGGUAGUUCUGUCACAUAUAUUUACAGUACGACAUCUGAAGAAAUAAUCAAUGUGUGAAACGUCCUGUUAAGAAUACGAUCAGAAGAGCAAACCAUGCAUUAUACAAAAGAUGAUUGUGACUGUCGGCCUGCCAAACAAUAUCCAAAUAAUGUGAUCUAGUCAGGUUCAAGGGGAGAGCAUAAUACGAGUUACCUCCCUUCUUUGUAGGCAUUGAUACUGAGAGACUGAAACCAGUGGAAAUAUUUGUGCUUGAGGAGUGUCGUCUCCUGCUGGUCUCCCUUAGUUGAAGGUCAAGGGAGGAACAAGGGACCUUCAGUUUUCUGUGAAGGGUUUCGUUUGUUAAGUUGACCUUGCUCUUUAGAUGUUAUUGUAUUCCUGAUAUUUUGUUCAUUUAUCAUGAAUUAGGUGUGGGGAAUAAUUUCAGUUGAGUUUAGAUUUUUCGAUGGCAAGGUCAACUUUUACUUGUGUGGCAGAUUUGUUAAAGAUUCUGAACAAGCAAAUCAACAUUUAAGGGUCAAUUACAGAGAUGCAUGUGUAUUGACUGUAAAUGGGUCUCUCCUUGUUUCCCGAACCACCUUGAAAGUGUUGUUUUGUUUGAGUUCUGUACAGUCUCUUCAUAGGUGUUCCUUGUUUGGAAUUUGAACAAAUAUAAUACAUGUACAUACAGAUGUGACAACUAUCUAUAUUUUGCCUCGCUUGUUUACAAAUACUGCCUUUUAUUGGUUAACCUUUGAGACUUAGUGGUAAUAUUAAUUAUACCAGUUAAAGCAUGUCAGAGCAGUUCUGACAUAAGUUAUGGAUUUUAUAUUCAAUAUGAAAGUGCUAUGGUUGGAGGUUCAUUUUCAGUCUCUUAUUUCUUGCCAUUUUUCCACCAGCUGUUUCCAAUAUCAAAAGUUGAUGGAAUAAGAUCAAACAUCAUGUUACUUACAUAAUUCCUGUAAAGUUUUGCUUCAUGAAAUGUCAGAAAAGUAAUUUAAUGGUUUUAUGCUGCCAUAUUCGCCAUAUUAAGCACCGUGCUACAAGAAGACAAUUUUUGUGACAAAAUUUAAUUAAUCUUUAUGAUGCCAACCAUGUACAUGCAAAUCUGUAUUUGCUUGUGUAUGUUUCAGAUAUUUGAGUUUCAUUCAUGUAGGCUUACACUGCUUAAUUUCAGGAAACAAAAUCAACUCCUUGUAUAUCGUUUAAUAAGCUGCCUACUUUGUCAAUUUUCCAAGAGCCCAAGGCCCUUAUUAUGGUGAAUAUGUGCCAUAUUCCCAGCUGAAUAUGCUCAGGACACUACAUCUUGAUUGGUGGAUUUUAAAUAAAUAUAUGAUUAUUAUAACUACUGUAGUUGUCUGGUCUGGUCUAAUCAUCAAGUGUUGGCUUGAAACAGUGAGAUUGUGUGGAUUAUACGUGCAAUGUUGAGUGAAGCAUGAACAUAUGUUUGGAAUUAUUGUACAUAUGUAUUUUUGUCAUAACCUUAAAUUAAUUGGAAUAUUUGCUCUGAUUCCUGCACGUUAUCGCUAAGAUUUUGCUUCCAUCAGCUGAGAUUGUUUAUGCAGGCAAACAUUGUCUCCUCGCUGUGUACUCCUGGGAAAAUCUUGUCAUGAAGUUCAACAGAUACGUUUUGUCCUGGGUUGAGAGGGUUUCAUUGCCCCCAGGGCCUAAUAACAAUGACCUAUAGACCCUGACCUAUAACCUUAACCCCGGGGUCAGCCAGAUAGAUGGCAUCAUGUGCAAUGUGUAUUUUGUAAGUCCUGAGAUGCGUUUACGACUUUGUUAUGUUCCUGUUUUUUGUUGGCUUUAUAUUUAGUAUGCAAGAUCGCGAUAACUCUGACCACAGAUAAAUUUACGGUGCUUGUUUCCAUGGUAACCAACCGAGAUGGCGUCACAGAAUACUACAUCCUUAGAGUUUCCAGCAAGUUCAUAUCUCACAUCUGAUUUUCUGGUAAAAUUAAAACCUUGGAAUCAGUGUGUGAAAGUAAUAUUAUGUUGCUUUUGAUAUGUGCUGAACACCCGAAAGAUGAUGGCACUCAAUAGACAUGAUUCUGAGGGUUUUUUCAUAAAUAAUUAUCCUGUCGCUCAAGUCUGUAAUCAACACUGUGGGACACUUUCAUGUUAUGCGGGUUACAGAUUUUAAACUGACUAAAUGACUUAAGCUGAUUUUGGGAGGGGGUAUAAAUUAGUGCUGCUAUUGAUUAGUUUUUCAUUGAUUUGACAUGAAGUUGUCAGUUUUGUAGGGAAAUAAAUGGUGAUAUUCUUUGAAUGUUUAGUAUUUUUACAGUAAUUCAAUUGUAUUUUAUUCUAGAAGUUUCAUUCUCUGUACAAGAAGUUGCAGAGGCAACUAAAUGUAUUGCAUUUAUUAUUCAACAAGUUGUUAGCUACUUUCAUUUGGGUGCGCAGGGGUGUAGCCCAGUGGUUAAAGCAUUCGCUCAUCACGCCUAAGACCCUGGUUCAAUUCCCCAAACAAUUACAAUAUCUGGCUCAUAGUGGCUCAAUUUCUUGGGUCCCCUGCCAUGAUGCUGCCACAAUAUUCCUAAAAGCGUCAUAAAACCAUACCCACUCACUACUGUGAUUUUGUGAUCGAAUCCUCUCUUCCUAUUUGUCACUGAUAGAGUGGUAAGGCUGAUAAAUAAUGUGAAAUAUUUUUGUUCUAUUUUGUGAUUGAACAUUUUAGCUCUAGUCAGUUGAAUUAGUAAACCCAAUCAAUAUGAAAGUGUGGCCUAUGUUACUGUAGAACUGCCAAGAAUUGAGAGUGCUCGCUGUAGGAGUUUUUAUAAUGUACAGUAUACUUGGUGUAGUAUCUGUAGUGGUAUGGUAAUUUAUUCUCUACAUUAGUGGGCUUAUAUCAAUUAUGUAUUCUGUAUGGAAUUUAAUUCAGGUACAAUUAUAGUCAAACCUUGUAUGCCCAUCUGCCAAUUAAGGGAGUGUUUAAUUAUCCCUUGUCAUGCUGUUGUCAGGUGUAUAACUAAUUAUUCAGCAGUGAUAUGGCCAGGUGUAUAAGAAGGUGAUUCAACCAACAUUAUUUGGAAUUUCAACAAUCUGUAAGUAUGCAAUGAAAUAAGAAUAUUUUUUGACUACUGAUCUGUAGAAAUUCUGUAAAUAACUCAAACAAUAGUCAAGUUGUGCCUUUUCAGUAGAAAAUGUUUUCGUAUUUAAGAUUUUUAAUAAUGGAAUUUUUAAGACUGCCUUGCUGUAUCUAAUAGAAGCCAUCACUGGGUGUUAACAAGAGCUGUUACUAUCACAGGUGGACUAUGGAAAUCUCUUGAUCUGCAGUGUGCUUCAUUCAAUACUUCGAUUAACAUAAUUAACUCAGACAAUUUUGGAUUUACAUGGGCAAAACUGUUUACUUUGAGUUUUUUAUAUAUGUAUAUUCCUUAAAUUGUCUUGCUAUGUAAGUGAUUAAAAAGAUCCCAAUGUUUGGAUUUUAUUUAAUCCGUUUCCUGAACCUUCAUUAUCAUGGUUGGACGUGUAGGGUACAGGACUACAGCUGCUUCCCCCAAACUGUAACGCCUCUGUGAAACAAUCUGGUCGAUGGUCUUUACGUCACUUGGCUCCAGGUAUUCCUUCCCAGCUGCAUUUAGUACAAGUAUAUACUGUGAUUUUAUUAUGAUAUAUAUCAUCAGACGCUAUACUGAUUAAUAGCAGUGAAACAACUCUCAUGUAUGUGCUUGCUCUAUUUUCUGAAUGAUCGAUGACGAGAACUAGCAAAGUGGCCAUUAAAUAUCCAAAAUCAGGUCAAGUAAUCCAAAGUUCACAAAUAAGAAUCACCUGAUAAUAUGUAAGUAUGAGGUAUAUGUUGUUCCUCCAGUUAACUGUAUCUUGUUAGAUAAGACAUCACUUUGCUAAUGGCAAGUAUUGGUGUGAGUCAUUGUUACCCUAACAAGCAAACUGAAUUCACAUUACAUUGCUGUGAAACAGGGUCACACAUGCAGCUGCAAGACUGGUUUCACACAUGCAGCUGCAAGGCUGGUUUCACACAUGCAGAUGCAAGACUGGUUUCAAACAUGCAGAUGCAAGACUGGUUUUACACAUGCAGCCGCAAGGCUGGUUUCACAUGUGUAGCUUCAAAGCUGGGUUUCACAUAUAUACAACUGCACAGCAGGGUUAACGUGAAGCUGCGAGGCUGGGUUUGAUCAGUGAAUAGAGAUAGACCAUGCAGUGAUGUUUUGUUUUGUAAUCACAAUAGCUAGACAAGGAUAUCUUGUUCAAGUUCUGGUUUGAUUGCUAGUACUCGACAUACCCUUUCUACCAUGCUGUGUAUAAUAUUUGUGAUACUGCUUCUGUACAUGAACCUUCCCGGCAAAUUCUGGCUCUCAGAGUUCUGCGUAGGACUGUAGUUCCAAUGGGAUAGGGAAAUCUUCUGUUUACUUGAAAUAAAACUUAUCAUCGCACA